UAACAUACAUGCGAUGAUUUGACAAAUCAUUUGAUCACAUGAUAGUCAUGUGUGUACACACAACAGAUAGAGUCGAUAGGUCUCCGAUCGUCGCAUGAAUGCAUGUAACUUCACACCGAUUUUGGACGAGAAACGGUGGCACGGGAAAGGGGAAAAAGAGUUUUGAUGGAUUCUAAGCUUGCAGAGUUAUAACGCAGCCUAGAUUAACAUGGAGAAAAUCUUCACUUUGAUCAUAACCAUUGCUCUUGCUGGUUCGCUUGGAAAUGGCUAUAACGUCACGACGGGGACUGAAAAGCUGAUAGUAGAAAUAGGAAAGAAUGGAUCUUUCACAAUCACACCAAAAGUGGACCUUCAAGAAACUGCACAGAUUGAGCUUUUCAAUGAUAAAUAUGAAAUAGCAAGUAUACCAUCUGAGGUGGACAUACCUUCUAACAGUUCAAGUCCGGUGUCUAUCACUGUCUCCAGUCUUUCCGUCGGAGUGUGUCACAUAUCUAUGAACACCACAUCUUCAGAGCUAGGAGACUUGUCAGGACUGUUUGUGGAGGUUAAUGUGGUCCAGAGCAGUGCAUUGUCCAUCGUUGUCAUAGUGGUCGGCUGGAUCUACUUCCUCGCUUGGUCUGUCUCCUUCUAUCCUCAAGUCAUCCUCAAUAUCAAGCGAAAAAGUGUAAUUGGCUUGAACUUUGACUUCUUGGCUUAUAAUAUUACUGGCUUUGUAGCGUACGGUGUCUUCAAUGUGGGCAUGUACUGGAUAGAACCAAUAAAGGAUGCAUACAAGGCAAAAAAUCCAUAUGGUGUGAAUCCAGUGUUAUUGAACGAUGUCAUCUUUACUCUCCAUGCUGUGUUGAUUACAGCAAUCACCAUAUUCCAGUGCUUUAUCUAUGAGAGAGGUAGACAGCGAGUGUCCAUCAUAAGCCGCGUCAUCCUAGCUGGCAUGUGGCUCUUUGCGCUCAUCACACUGAUCAUCACUGCUGCAUCAAGCGGAUCUGUCAUCACGUGGCUGGAAUUCAUCUAUUACUUCUCCUAUAUCAAGCUCGGAGUGACUCUCAUCAAAUAUAUUCCACAGGUCUACAUGAAUUACAGGAGAAAGAGCACAGAGGGUUGGAGUAUCGGCAACGUCUUACUAGACUCUACUGGAGGAUCGUUCAGUCUGCUGCAGAUGUUUCUCAUCUCCUACAACAAUAAUGACUGGGCAUCCAUCUUUGGUGACCCAACCAAGUUUGGCCUGGGUGUCUUCUCCAUUGCUUUUGACAUUAUCUUCAUCAUUCAACAUUAUGUACUCUACCGUGACCAAGCACCCUCGGAUUCAAGCGGUGAAAACAAGCCCCUGAUGAAAAAUGAAGAAUAUACCAGUUCUGGAAGUAUCAUCAAUGCUCAAUAGUCCAUGGAUUUCUGCAUCAUAUUUUUUAAACUCUUUUUGUACGCACAUACAUAUUGCCAUUAGUCACACUGAAUUUGCAGAAGUAAUAUUCAUUCCAGAUCAUCCUCUGGAUCUUUUUAUCAUUGUUGGUCAAACAGCUUGUGAGCGUCAAGUAACGCCCAGCUGGAAUGCUCCCCAGGGAGUGGAGAUUGUGCACACAGUGUGUGCGGGCAAGCACUGAAUCCAAUGACCGGGGUAAUAGUAUAUUUGUAAAGCGCUUAGAGACAUUUGUAUAAAGCGCUAUAUAAAAAUUAAAUAUUAUUAUUAUUAUUUUUUAUUGAAUUUUAAUUAAUUUAGCUGAUAAAAGAACAUUGUGUGUGAUUAUUGAUAGCAGAAGUGGGUUUCAAUUUAAAUGGAUUUUAAAUUACACUGUGCAAUCCUCGGUGAGGUUCAUGUGAUUGAUGAAGCUUACCUUUUCUGAUUAAACAAUCACUAUGUUGAUACAGAACAGUUUCAUUGGUUGGGGACUUUGAAAUAUGCUUAAGGGCAGCUAAAAUCAAGUGUUUUGCCAAAUCCUCAACGAUAUGCACAUGAAAAUAUAAGGCAAUAGGAUGUUGGAACUCAAUGGUAGAACAUGUUUUUAAUGACAUCAACUGAGGGUCAUUGAUAAUCAAGUUUUUAGAGUGCUUUCCAUCGUAAAGUGUACAAAAUAUAUCUUGGUCUAAUACGAAAAUCAAUAUUUUCAUGUUACAGUGUAUGGGUAUUAAAAUACAGGACGCUAUCUUCUCAUUUUCCAAAAAUGUUAUCUCACUGUUUUUUAAACUACUUGUUUCUUUUUACACUUCACCCUUCUGUGCUAUGGCUUGUGAAUCCUAACUUUGUAAAAA